AUGUACCACGAGCGGCAGACGCGGCAAAUGUGCUUAGUUCAUGCAUUAAAUGCAUUGUUUCAAAAACCGCAAUUCACCGCUGAGACAUUAGAUGAAAUAUGCUAUUCUCUGAGCGACAAACGAUGGUUCAAUCCUCACAGAUCUAUGCUUGGUCUCGGAAAUUAUGACGUUAAUGUGCUCAUGUCAGCUUUAGGAAUGUAUGACUAUCAGCGAAUCCGCUUCGAAAAUCUGGAUGCCAUAAUCGUUAACGUCCCCACUGGAAAUUAUAUUCCUUUCUGGAAAGGACGUCAUUGGUACACUAUCCUUCGUCAAGAUAACAGGUUUUUCAAUCUGGACUCGAAACUCAGUAAACCCGAAGAAAUCACUGACAUAACACAACACUGCCGCAGUCUGCUCUCGAAAACUGAAGACUCCAACCAGCUUUUCCUAGUCGGAAAAGGUGAUCCAACGGAUUUUGUUUCUGUCAACAGGAGUGCAUUCCACGAAUUGCUCAUAGUAUGUGACAUAUAUCAUGGAAAAAUAAAUAAUCAUCAAGCACAGGUGAGGUUGAACAGUGAGCUGUAA